UUAAUACUAUCGUUGGUAACUGGUUAUACUGUCGUCGGUAACUACGAUAUUUCAAAACGUAGUCUUCAUCGAUAUUUCAGAACGUAGUCUUCAUCGAUAUUUCAGAACAGUACACGGAAGAUAGCGUCGUGUGCAAUGUCUAAAUACAUCUUAAGUCUGUAGUCAUGUGCUGUAUUUACGUUCCAUCCUUAUUUCAAUGAUUAAUUUCUGAAUUAACCUAUAUUCAUUAGAGAUUGUAGUCAUUUUAGUUUUCUCUUAUAUUAUAUUGAUGCUAGUGCAUUCCACAGUGUUACAGUGUGAUACGUCAAAAAUAAGCAUUUAUAAUAUUGGAUGUAAAUUAAUUGAAUAAAUUUUAUACAUAAUGUCAAUAGAUUUAGGUUUCGUGGAAAAAUGUGACGCAUGGCGUUUGGAAAGUAGAUUCUUUCCCAGUAAAGUUGGUGGCAAGCCGGCAUGGCUUAAUUUAAAAAAUAUCCCAGGCGAGAAAGAACUUCAAUGCGAAUAUUGUCAUGAACCUUGUAUAUUUUUAUGUCAAAUAUACGCUCCUUAUGAAAAUAAGGAGGAUGCAUUUCAUAGGACUAUAUAUGUUUUUGUAUGUAGAAAAUCGGAAUGUUGCAAAUUAAAUGAAAAUGGAAACUUGAAGGUUUUCAGAGCUCAGUUACCAAGAUUAAAUGAAUUUUAUCCACCUGUACCUCCUGUAGAGGAACAUGAUUGGAGGACAGAUAUCAGUACAAGCAAAUGGGUAAAAACAUGCCAUGUAUGUGGAAUAUAUGCACCUACUCACUGUUCCAAAUGUAAACUUAUAAAUUAUUGUUGUCGUACCCAUCAAAUUUUUGAUUGGAAAUGUGGUCACAAAGAGUCUUGUGGUACAAAUAAGCAACCAACAAAAAACAGUAAAUUUUUAUUUCCUGAAUAUGAAAUAGUAAUAGAAUCAGAGGAUGAUAAAGAAUGUAAUAAUGAAAAUAAUGCUGAGAAAGAGGAAGAAGAGAUUAGGACAUAUAAAAAGAUGGUAGAUGAAGGUGAAGCUGGAACUUUUCAAAAUGAAGAUGUACAAAAUGAAUUAUUAAGUAUGUGCAAUCAGAAGGAAGAUGAGGUAUUUUCUGAAUUUCGUUUAACUAUUGACAAAGAUCCAGAUCAAAUUCUACGAUAUGACAGAGGAGGAAAAGUUCUAUACAUUUCUGAAGAAAAUCAAAUUAAUGAAAUACCAAAAUGUUCUGAAUGUGAUCAAGAGAGGCAAUUUGAAUUUCAAAUUAUGCCCCAAUUAUUAAAUUUCCUUGAAUUAGAAAAUGCACUUAAAUGUAUUGAUUGGGGUAUUUUAGCAAUAUUCACAUGUACAAACUCAUGUACAUCCGAAAAUGGAUACAGUGCAGAAUAUAUAUGGAAGCAAGACAUCACAGAAACCAAUUCUGACAAUGCUUCAUAAAUAAAACACUCUUUUUAUAGUUUCACAA